UCUUUAUUUUACUUAGUUUUUCAGUUAUUCUGCGAAUUAAAAUUUAACAAAAAUAUGUGGAAACAAAUCUUAUUUCACAUAUUAUUGUUUAUCGUGGCUAUUACAGGAGAAUCUGACGACGACGAAAUAGAUUUCUCAUCCCUUACUGAUGAAGUCAAACAAGACAUUUACAACAUUUACAACAAAUUAAAUCUUACAAGUAUUUUAGUCAAACCAAAUGUAACAGCUGAUAAGAUCCAUUACUACCUAUUUCCUAAAGGCAGCAGCAACUACGAAGAAAUUGACAAUUCUAAUCCGAAGCAGUUUGACUCCAAUAGCUUCGUUGUUGUUUUAAUUCAUGGCUGGUCUCAGAACAGGUCAACUUUGUGGUAUGAACUCCUAAAAAACACGUUCAAGGAAAGAGCAAGUCAGUACUCCGUCGUGGAAACUGACUGGUCAGAAUAUGCAAAACUGAACUACAUAUCUUCGAGUUAUUCCGUCAAAGCUGUUGGUGGCUUUAUUGGAGAAUUCGUCGUAAAACUGAUCAAAGAUCGAAGCGUUCCCAUUAAAAAUGUUCUAAUCAUUGGUCACUCUCUAGGAGGCCAAGUCGCUGGUUUUGUGGGGAAAAAAGUUUUUGAACUUUUGAAAGAAAAGCUUCCUAAAAUCAUAGCCCCAGAUCCUGCAGGUCCUCUUUUUAAUCUUCGUCCAGAAAGUGAGAGAUUAAACCCAAAUGAUGCACAAGUCGUGCAUGUAAUCCAUACUAAUGGUGGCAUUUUCGGGUUUUUGAGAGUAUGUGGUACUAUAGAUUUUUUUCCAAACGGUGGCAGUCACCAAAAUGGAUGCUUAGAAACUAUUUUGACGAAUAUACAAAAUCUGACUUCAGUAGUUUUUUGUGCUCACCAUAGAAGCUGGGAGUAUUUGAUUGAAGGUUUGAUGCUUGAAAAAAAAUUUAAGUCGAGAAAGUGUUCAUCAUAUGUGGAUUAUGGAACUACUAAGAUUACUUGUACUGAUGAGUAUGCAAGUUUGGGAGUUUUGAACCUUACUUCUACUGGAAAAUACUAUCUAGACACAAACAGUAAAUCGCCAUUCUCCAAAUAGUCAAAAUGUUUAAAGAUUUUGUUCCCUAAAUUUGAGCCAAAAUAAA